CGGGGCACCUUUAUCGCGGUGGAUCUGCCGAUCGCGAUACAUCGCAAACCCCUGGCUCAAGGCCCCCCCAAAAACAGCCGUCCCAAAAACAUUCAUCAACUCGUCCCUCUGCUGCCCCCAUGAUUCCAAAUCUCUUCCGCCUCGCAGUGCAUCUGCAGAACAGCAGCACCUGUAGCAGCCAUCGCCGAUACGAGCGCAUCGCAUCAUGUCUCUCCAUCCAGUCGCAGCCGGGGACACGCCCGGUGAUUUCGAUCAUCCCAACCAGCAACUCCGGCGAUCCAUCAUCAUCGCCCUGCCGUUUGCCUUCGUUCUGUCCACCGUAGCGGUGGUGCUGCGUCUGCUGGCCCGGAGGAUCAAUGGCACGCGGCUGUACCUGGACGAUUAUCUGAUCAUUGUGGCGCUGCUCUUCAAAUAUGGCUGUUCGAUCGGGGUGGUCAUCCUACUCUGGAACGGUCUGGGUUCACACAUUACCAUGAUCCCGCAGAAGAACCUGGACGUCUAUUUUCAAAUCGGCUGGUCCAACGGCUUCGUCUACCCGCUCUGCAUCGCCUUCAUCAAACUCUCCAUCCUAGCAUCCUACAAACGCCUUUUCGCCGCCCGAAGCAUGUCCCUCGCCGUGAACCUCGUCGCCACCAUCGUGGUGCUCUGGGUGGUCAUUGUUAGCAUCACAGGAGUGCUCAUGUGUGUCCCUGUCGCCAAAUUUUGGCACCGUGCCAUUCCUGGACGCUGCCUGGACGCGGCGAGUUUCUACUACGGACAGCAGAUCCCCAACAUUGUGACGGAUGUGGUCAUUCUUCUGAUGCCGUUGAAGAGUGUCUGGGCGUUGCCCAUCUCCAAGACACAGCGUGCAUUACUCUCGGGAGUGUUCUUAGUCGGCAUCCUGACUUUGAUCUUCGACAUCGUGCGUCUAGUCGUUAUGAUCCACGUGACCGAAAUAGGCCCGGAUAUUACCUAUAACCAAGCCCCCGUGGCCGUGUGGACGUGCAUGGAAGCGGCGGUGGGCAUCGUCGCCGCCUGUCUCUCUCACCUGCGACCGCUGUUCAACCUCGGCAGCCCGACCAAGCUCUGGCGGCAUCCGAGCCCGGAUCUCCGCAAACGCGAGCGGAACCCGCCCGGGUCGGAGGGUUUCUCGACGGACGAGACGCUGUUCGAUCCGUGGGGCACGCAGCAUAGUGGGUAUACCGGGCAUAGUGUUUGUGUUGAGCUGGGGAAGUAGAGCCACGUCGAGCUCGAACGGGCUUACGAUGCACAGUUGAGAAGUGUGUACCGUAGGAGGGGGUGUCGGACCCAAUGCAGUCCUAGCGGAAUUGGUGUUGAUUCAUUCGAUUGGUU